GUCAUCGGAGUAAACAGAAAAGAUGGCGACGCCUGAGCGGCUCUCAGGAACAAAUUCAUUCAUAUCAGAAUCCUACGUUAAAAAACUAACGGAUUUACCGACUGAGCUUUUAGAGUAUAUUCUGUGUUUCCCCGUAUUGAGCCACAUCGAUAUUUCUAACGUGUCCUGCUGCUGCAAACGGCUUCAUGAAGUGUGUCACAGCAGAGGGAAGGUCUGGGGACAUCAGUACAAACUCAGGUGGCCUCGGCUACAGAAAAUCUAUCGACAGAACGAAUCCUACGAUUGGCAGAAGGAGUUCAGGACCAGGCUCAGGGUCUGUCUACAGAUCCAACGAACCGUUGUGUCCAUUUCCAAGAGAUUCUUCGCUGAAGUUCCUUGCAUUGGUCAGGUUUUGGGUGACAGCUUUACAGAAAUCGAGUCCCUCGGUGCACCUGAACACUUCUGUGAAGAUGAGCUCCUGUCCAUUCUCAACUCAGACAGAAGGAAGAACCUGACGUUGAAGUACUAUGCAAAGAAAAUUCUCUACUUCCUUCGUCAACAGAACAUCCUGAGGAGCCUGAAGGGAUUCCUGGAGCGGCCUCCAGAGCAGCAGUCGGCCCUGGAAGGUGCUGUACUGGUGGAUCAGUACUGUAACCCCCUGGCUGAUGUCACCCUGGAGAGUAUUUCUGCUCAGCUGGAUGACAUCACGGAGAAGGUGAAGAACUAUCUCCGGGUGAAAAACUCUGCUCAUCCCAGCCUGAGAUCAGCUCAAGGUGACUGUGUGAUGGUGCAGGACUUUGAGCUUCAGCGUCAGCUUCUCUGUGCCCUGAAUGUGGUUCUGUACGAACAGCUGCAGUUUAAAGGCAACGAGCGUGACUAUUACAACCCCAUGAAUUCAUACCUACACCAGGUGCUUCUGCGGAGGACAGGCAUUCCCAUCAGCCUCUCUGUGCUAUACAUGACACUGGCCAGGAAACUGGGGGUCCUGCUGGAGCCGGUCAACUUCCCCAAUCACUUCCUGCUCCGCUGGUGCCAGCGCCGGACCAGCAGUGACGACAUCUACGACUACAUUUACAUCGACGCGUUUGGGAAAGGCAAGCAGCUGACAGCUAAAGAGUGUGAGUACCUGAUCCGACAGCAGGUGACGGCAGAUUACUACAUCUCCAUCAGCACCACUGAGCUGCUGCUGCGCAUGGUGGGUAACCUGCUCAACAUCGGGAAGAGGGGAGAAGGCAGUGAGAAAUCGUACCAGCUUCUGAGGGACUCUCUGGAUCUCUACCUCACCAUCGACCCUGAUAACGUGCAGUAUCUGCUGCUGCAGGCGCGACUCUACUUCCACCUGGGCAUCUGGCCCGAGAAGGUGCUGGACAUCCUGCAGCACAUCCAGGCUUUGGAUCCGUCUCAGCACGGCGCUGUGGGUUACCUGGUGCAGCACACACUGGAACACAUCCAACACAAGAGACACGCUGUGGAGCCUGAGGUGAAGAGACGCAGCGCUCCGGAACACAGCCAAGUGCAGUACUCUGUAGGCCUCAUCAUGAAACACAAGAGGUCGGGUUAUAACUGCGUUGUUUACGGAUGGGAUCCGAAAUGCUCGAUGAGUCCGGAGUGGAUCGCCACGAUGCGAGUGCAUCAGCUGACCCACGGUGCCAAUCAGCCGUUCUACAACGUCCUGGUGCAGGACGCCACGUGCAGAUACGCUGCUCAGGAGAAUCUGGAGCCUCACUCUGCACCAUUGGAAAUCAGUCACCCGGAAGUAGGACGCUACUUCAGCGACUUCUCUGACACGCAUUAUGUGGCCAAUGAGGAUCUCCGGAGCCAUUACCCAGAAGACGCUGCAGAGACACAGAGAGCCGUGCAGGAACUUUACCACUCGUUCGGCCUCGACUCAGGACAGGCUGCAGGGUCCAACUCUGACAACGGCACCUUGACACCUUUAACACUUUAAACUGCUUCUUUCAUCACUAACCCUCACAGAUCCUUACAGAUCCUAACAGAUCCUCUGUCCUCACAGAUCCUAACAGAUCCUCUGUCCUCACAGAUCCUAACAGAUCCUCUGUCCUCACAGAUCCUAACAGAUCCUCUGUCCUCACUGAUCCUAACAGAUCCUCUGUACUCACUGAUCAUCACAGAACAUCACAUCCUCACAGAUCCUUACAGAUCCUAACAGAUUCUCUGUCCUUACAGAUCCUAACAGAUCCUCUGUCCUCACAGAUCCUUACAGAUCCUAACAGAUCCUCUGUCCUCACAGAUCCUAACAGAUCCUCUGUCCUCACAGAUCCUAACAGAUCCUCUGUCCUCACAGAUCCUAACAGAUCCUCUGUCCUCACAGAUCCUAACAGAUCCUCUGUCCUCACUGAUCCUAACAGAUCCUCUGUCCUCACUGAUCCUAACAGAUCCUCUGUACUCACUGAUCAUCACAGAACAUCACAUCCUCACAGAUCCUCUCUCCUCACAGAUCCUCUCUGAUCCUCACAGAUCCUCUGUCCUCACUGAUCACAGAUCCUCACAGAGCCUCUCUGAUCCUCACAGAUCCUCUCUCCUUGCUCCCAUCAUGCUCAGAGAAACAGCGUUGAGCUCAAAGUUUAGAUUCAUGUCUCAUUGCAAAUUUUCCACAAAGAAGCUUCUCGUAGUGUGAGAGUCAUGUUUAACAGCUCACAUGUCGUGGAAACGAUCCUCAUUUAUUUGGAUCUUUUUUGUGACUUUAGUCGCUGAUUCACACACUAGCUCCCGGAAUUUAGCAUUCCUGCUCUAAAUUCUUUAAAUCUGAUCCUGGAUCAGUCCUGUAAAAUAAUUCAGUCCAUACGUCAUUUUCACCAUCCCAAUCCUCAUGCACUUAUAAAAGAAUAAAAAGACCCUUUUUUCUAAUAUAUUUACAAUGAAAUAAAUAGUAAACAAGAGCUUGUAAAUGUAAAAAUGAUGAUGAUGAUGAUGAUGAUGAUGAUGAAUGCUUCAAAAUGGCCUGGGAGAAAUGGGAAAUGAUGUCAAUAAAAAAGAGAGAAGCUCAAA